UCAUAGGGCCCAGGUGUAGCCCUGACUACAGUAAUAGGAUCAUCAUCACCUUCACUUUGCCCAUAAGCAUGACAACCAAAUCGAACAGCAGUGUUCUGGGUGGCAAGGCUUCCUCAUCACCUCUCCUGUCCGCUCCACCUCACCAGCGUCUGAUCACCAAAGAUGGACACUGUGCACUUCGCCCCACUGUGUGUUCUUCGGGCUCAUGGCAUGAGACUUUACGCAGAGCCUGGCUGUUGGCCCUGCAGGAUGUGUGGGGAUUGUUGGUGAGUCUGCGCUGGAGAUGGGUCCUCCUGGCCUUCUGCACCUCCUUCCUGGCCCACUGGCUGUUGUUUGCCUGUCUGUGGUACUUGCUGGCACACCUAAAUGGGGACCUUGCUGUGCAGGAUCAUGAUGCGCCCCCACAGGGGCAUGUGCUCUGUGUAAAGCACAUUACAAGCUUCACUGCUGCAUUUUCCUUCUCCCUGGAGACUCAGCUAACCAUCGGCUAUGGCACUAUGUUCCCCAGUGGAGACUGCCCCAGUGCUAUAGCACUGUUGGCUGUACAGAUGCUGCUUGGGCUCAUGCUGGAAGCAUUUAUCACAGGUGCAUUUGUAGCCAAGAUUGCCCGCCCCCAGAAGCGAGCAGGAGCCAUACAAUUCAGCCACCAGGCAGUGGUGGGCCAACACCUGGGUCAGACGUGCCUCAUGCUUCGAGUCACCAAUCUGCUGCAGCGGCCUCUGGUGGAUGUAAAGGUGAGUGCUGUGCUAUACGAGGAGCAUGAAGGCCAAGCUCUGCACCAGACUUCAUUGGACUUCUAUUUGGACCAUUUGGGCCAGCAGCCAUGCCCCUUCUUCAUUUUCCCACUCACCUUUUACCACCCCCUGGACCGUCGGAGCCCCCUCUAUCCUGUCCUGUGUGAGGGUUCAUCAACCCACUUUGAGUUAGUUGUCUUCCUAUCAGCCUUGCAGGAGGGAACUGGCGACACUUGCCAGAAGAGGACCUCUUAUCUGCGCCAAGAAAUCCAGUUUGACCGCCGCUUUGUCCCUGCUUUGGGUUUGGAUGCCUGUGGAAGGUACACAGUGAGCAACCAGCACUUUGAUACAGCCCAUUCAAAAGAGCCUAUGAACAAGGACUGUGUGGUGCAAAUCAACGGUGAUGGAAAUGAGAGGAUGGAGUAAGAAUGCUGAAGGGAAGAUUCUCAAAGAGACCGAGAGAAUAUGCAAGUGGAGGCAGAUAUAUUUGUUGUCAGGAGGUAUUUGAUUGAAUUUGGUAAAUUUGAAUUUAUGAUUCAACAUUAUAAAAAUUCAAAUGUAUGCCAGAUAUAUAUAAGUACUGCUGCAGGCUCCCUCAC